AUGAGAGGUUUCUCCUUGGUGGGGGAAGAAAACCACGCUCGACAUCUGUUGAGCGGAUCCUCGUCCCCUGCUUCAAACCUUUCAUUGAGGAAAGGUUUCUUUGUGCUCCCGUGGUCACCGACAAGGGCCCUGAUCGAGGACGUGUCCCCGAUCAAUCCUUCGCCCUUUCACUUGAUUUGCAAUGGAAUGGUGGAUUUGAUGUUACCGUCAAAUUCAUUCUUUCCCUCUGUUGUUCAGGUAAGAUGGCCCAAAAUGUUGUGGAUCCCCCCUAUCGAGGAAGUGACCCAUGUCGAGGAGGAUGGGAGGAAUUUGGAUUGGGUAGGAACUGAGCCGUUGGAGAUUGCUUCGAGAUUCUCCCUUGACUCCUCAGACGCAUUCAACAUUGUCGAGCUCCGGGAGGCAGGGAUUCGUUUUACCUUCAGCAGUCUCCAAGCAGACAUCUUUACAUGGCUUGAGUUGGUGCCCUCUCAGCUUCAUUCAAACGAGCUUGUGUUUGCGCGAGCAUUCGAGCUUAUGUGUAGGUAUCUUCAGAUCAGUGCCACGUUGCCCUUGUUUUAUGCGGUCUUCCAUCUCUAG